AAUCUUGGUUCUUGGCUUGGUCAAUUUUAUUCUGAAAUACAAACUUUGGCAUCUUGUCUAUCCCUGCAUGCCACGUAUCCUCCCUUUUCUCUUCUUCUAGUAAUAAAAACCUUGGGUGCUCUACUGUAUGAAACACCGGGCAUUGUUCAUAAUGUAUUGUUAAAUAUUUUAGACCAUUACACGGCAUUGACGUUUUGCAUUUUCAUCAAAUUUGUCAGACUACACCCGGUGAACUUACGACUCCACCUUGUCCAUGUGUACAAUCUCUGAUCUAUAUCUUGGUGCCAUUUUCGUGGUCCCUGAUCUAUACUCGUCAGUGAUGAGCAUAACCAUAGAAUGGAUAUGACCAGCCUUACCAUUUCCAUCCUCCUGCUCCUCCUGAUGAUCCGUGUCUGCAAAUCCGAUGACCAGCUGGCAAGCGCAAGGCCACUUUCACCCGGCGACCUGCUCAUCUCCAAAGGCGGCGUCUUUGCCCUCGGUUUCUUCUCCCCGUCCGGCUCCAACACCAGCACGAGCCUGUACGUUGCGAUCUGGUUCCACGGCAUCCCCGAGCGCAGCCGCACCGUCGUGUGGGUCGCCAACCGCGACAGCCCAGCCACCACAUCGUCGUCCCCGACGCUCGCCAUCAGCAACAGCUUUGACCUCGUGCUUUCGGACUCCCAGGGCCGCACUCUCUGGAGGACGCAGAACGCCGCCGCCGCGGCCGUCCACGACAGCGGCACUCCCCUGGCCGUGCUGCUCGACACGGGCAACCUGCAACUCCAGCUGCCCAACGGUACGGUCAUAUGGCAGAGCUUCGACCACCCGACUGACACCAUUCUCCCAGGCAUGCGGUUCCUGAUGAUCCACGGGGCUCGCCCCGCCGCGCGCCUGGUCUCUUGGAGAGGCCCCGCCGACCCGUCCACCGGAGCCUUCUCGUUCGGCCUCGACCCCGUCUCCAACCUCCAGCUGAUGGUCUGGCACGGGGCCGAGCCGUACUGCCGCAUCAGCGUGUGGAACGGCGUGUCGGUGUCAGGCGGCAUGUACACCGGCUCACCUAGCUCCAUCGUGUACCAGACCAUCGUCAACACCGGCGACGAGUUCUACCUCACGUACACCGUCUCCGACGGCUCGCCGUACUUCCGUAUCAUGCUCGACCACACCGGCACGAUGAAGCUCCUGAGCUGGGACACCAACUCGUCGUCCUGGACGCUCAUCUCCGAGCGCCCCACCGGUGGCUACGGCCUCUAUGGCUCCUGUGGCCCCAACGCCUACUGCGACUUCACCGGGGCUGCCCCGGCGUGCCAGUGCCUCGAGGGCUUCGAGCCCGUCGCCGCCGAUCUCAACUCUUCAGAAGGAUGCCGGAGAACGGAGCCUCUGCAGUGCAGCAAGGCAAGUCACUUCGUGGCCUUGCCCGGGAUGAGAGUUCCUGACAAGUUCGUGCUCCUCCGGAACAGAAGCUUUGAGCAGUGCGCGGCUGAGUGCAGCAAGAACUGCUCCUGCACCGCCUAUGCUUACGCCAACUUGAGCAGCAGCGGUGCCAUGGAAGACCAGUCAAGGUGCUUGGUUUGGACCGGGGAGCUUGUCGACACCUGGAAAAGCAUCAACUAUGGCGAGAAGCUGUACCUCCGGCUUGCCAGCCCUGUUAAAACCAAGAGCAAUAUAGUAAAGAUUGUAGUCCCGGUUGUAGCAUGCCUGCUGCUACCCACAUGCAUAGCCCUUGUCUUCCUAUGCAAAUUCAAAGGGAAAUGGCAAAAGAAGGGAAUUCAGAAGAAAGUGAUGUUAGGAUACUUGAGCACCUCCAAUAGACUCGGAGACAAAAAUGAUGAAUUUCCAUUUGUUAGCUUCAAUGACAUUGUUGCCGCAACCGAUAAUUUCUCUGACUGCAAUAUGCUUGGAAGAGGAGGCUUUGGCAAAGUUUACAAGGGAAUAUUGGAAGAUGGCAAGGAAGUUGCUGUCAAAAGGCUUAGUCAAGGUUCUGGGCAAGGUAUUGAUGAAUUCAGAAACGAGGUAGUCCUACUCGUCAAACUACAGCACAGGAAUCUAGUCAGACUGCUUGGUUGCUGUAUUCAUGAAGAAGAGAAGUUACUGAUCUACGAAUACUUGCCUAACAAAAGCCUAGAUGCCUUCCUCUUUGAUACUUCAAGAACACGUGUACUUGAUUGGCCAACACGGUUCAACAUAAUUAAAGGCAUAGCCAGGGGCAUUCUAUAUCUCCACCAAGAUUCAAGAUUAACAAUAAUUCAUAGAGAUCUUAAAGCAAGUAACAUCUUGUUAGACACAGAAAUGAGUCCCAAAAUAUCAGAUUUCGGUAUGGCAAGAAUCUUCGGGGGAAACCAGCAACUAGCAAACACUACACGUGUUGUUGGGACAUACGGUUAUAUGUCUCCUGAAUAUGUGACAAGUGGUGCCUUUUCUGUCAAGUCAGACACAUAUAGCUUUGGUGUUCUUCUCUUGGAGAUUGUAAGUGGUUUGAAGAUUAUCUCAACUCAAUUUAUAAUGGACUUCCCAAACCUUAUAGCUUAUAUUUACAUUUUUCCAGACAUGGAAGUUAUGGGAAGAGGGAAAUGCAACGAAAUUGGUGGACUCAUUGGUUGCUGAAAGUUGUCCACUCCAUGAAGCUUUUAGGUGUAUUCAUGUAGGACUUUUGUGUGUCCAAGACAAUCCAAAUGCAAGGCCACUCAUGUCAACAGUUGUGUUUAUGUUGGAGAAUGAAACCACAUUGCUUCCAGCACCAAAGGAGCCUGUAUAUUUUUCACCAAGGAAUAAUGAAACUGAAGAAACAAGAAGAAACAUAGAAGGUUUUCUGAAUAUGUCGUGUAUCACAACACUGGAAGGCCGCUAGAUGUUCACACUUCUACCAUGUACAUGUUCAAGCCUUUUAUUAACCAUGUACUGUAGGGUAGGUGAAUUUCAGCAUAGCUGGUCGUAAUAUAUACGAAAUUACAGUCUUCAAAAGGGAUAUAUGUGAACUUACUGUACUGAACACACUGAAUUGAAGCUUGUGGCUUGGAAAAAAAUGUAAAUAAUCUAGAGGUUUGAGAAUUAUAUGGUCAAGUGUCAUAACAAAGAAUGCAAUAAAAUUUCACAUGACAUUGCU